UGAUGAACGUUUCGACUCAUACGUUGUGCCGACCUUCGACAUGGGCUCCUGACACAUUUAUUUCUGCUGCUGUAUAGAUGGCUGGGAAGAGGCUCUUGGAUGUUGCUGCUCUGUUCAAUGCGACUCGUGGUGUCCUCCAAAAGCAUGCUUUUCUGAGGUCAAGACAGUUCGAAGUUUACAACCGCACAUCGACAUUAGCACAAGCAGUACGAAACCAGACAGAUCGAGUCACCGAUACAAUCAAGGCAGCCUCGUUCCUUGCCUCACGGUUAAAUGAAGAUCCGCCAACAUGGACCUCGGAUGACAAUGCAAGGACAAAGGCAGAUGGAGAUAACUCGAUUCCAAGCAGGAAGUCGACAGCUGGACCACCGAGACCGCCUUCGGCAGAAGGCAUCGAUCAAGAUCAUUUUUACGAACCAUCAACGGGCAAUUCUGCUGUAGGUGAACCUCCGCAAGAGGAAUUGCCCGUUCAGCAAGAAAAAGCAGAUCGAUACCCUCUGCCGGAUGGCACAAUUCCGCCCAGCGAGUCGGAUCUGGACUCACAUGAGCUUGACCAUGAAGUUAUCUCGAAUGUCUCACGAGUUGAGCCAUCAAAAAAGCCAUCCAGAGGCGACGGAAUAAAGCCAGUGUCGGGAGGAGAAUCUACAAUUCCUUGUCCGGUCCAGACAGUCUCGUCUCCAGAACCGGCACAUCAAGCUCAAAUACCUGCUAGAACAGUUGAUGCACUCGAAGCAUCUGUUUCCGACCCAUUAAAUAAUGGGCGUGAUGAGGAUAGCUUUUACCAGCACUCGACAUGCUCUUCGCCUGCGUCAUCUUCGUUGCCCGGAGUGAAGGUGCCAGAACAUACAUCAAGUACCCAAGGAGGAGAUUCCCAUUCGGCAAACCGUCACAUAAAUUCAGAUACCUUCUACACACAAGAUAAUGCAGCUGCGAUUCCGUCAGUGCAGGCCAUCCCGGACCAGCAACAACUUCCUGAUGGCGUAGAUACAGAUCUGUUUUAUAGUCCACGGGUGGCCAGCAUGCUUGGAGGAAGAACUAUGAACAAUAAACUGAGAGGCGAAUUGCAUCUGGAAGCAGCGUCUAAUACUCCCAUUGAUCGUACACUGAUCGGGAAAGAUAAAGAUCAGGAUACUUUUAAUGUUCGGCCACCUUCAGAGGAUACAAUUCAGGACACUAGCAAUCCCCCCUCAAGUGAAGCUCGUGUCUCUUUACAUCACAGUGCUGUGGAAGAAGACAGCAUCGAAGGCCUGGCUAACAAUAUCUCACGUGAGGUAGACCAGAGUUCACAUCAAAACGAAACUUAUGCCACUGCCGAGCGUAACUCUUACGCAUUGCGAGAAUCCAAGGUACCAUCCACGAGGUUGAGUAGAAUCUGGAAUUAUGGUGGCUUAGCCGCUGGUAUGUUUGGGGGUGCCAUUACUGAAAGUCUCCGCCGUGUUAGUGGAAGUGGAGGGCAGGGCUCGUAUAUGCUCAGUGCAGGAAACAUGGAGAGACUUGUGACGAAGCUCUCUCGUAUGAGAGGCGCAGCCUUGAAACUUGGUCAGAUGAUCAGUUUUCAAGAUUCUAAGAUGCUUCCCGCAGCAAUUCAGGAGGUUCUCCAAAGGGUACAAGACCGUGCCGACUACAUGCCGGCUUCACAGCGGGAUAAGGUAUUGACAGCCAAUCUUGGCUCUGAUUGGCGAAGUCUUUUCACCACUUUCGACGAGAAACCAUUGGCGGCAGCAUCGAUUGGGCAGGUCCACAGUGCAGUGCUGAAGUCGAAUGGGGCUCGAGUAGCUGUUAAAAUACAGUACCCAGGAGUUGCCGAUUCUAUUGAUUCAGAUUUAAGCAACUUGAGUAUCCUACUUACCGCAUCGCGGCUACUACCCAAAGGGCUAUUUCUCGAAAAGACCAUUGCAAACGCUCGGAUCGAAUUGUCCUGGGAAUGUGACUACAUUCGGGAGGCUGAGUGUGGCCGACGUUUCGAAGCACUUCUCGCCGAUGAGCGAGAUGUCUUUGACGUGCCAAUGGUGUACCCCGAAGCAUCUGGACAACAGGUGCUAACGAUGCAAUUCAUGGAAGGCAUUGGUGUCACCAGGGUCCAGAGCUUUUCUCAAGUUCAGAAAGAUUGGAUCGGCACGCAGAUUCUUCGACUGUGUCUUCGCGAGAUCACCGAGUUCAAGUUCAUGCAAACAGAUCCCAAUUGGACGAAUUUUCUAUAUAAUUCUAAAACCAACAGGCUCGAACUUCUAGACUUUGGAGCAUCAAGGGAGUAUCCAACAGACUUUAUUUCGAAGUAUACGAGACUCCUUGCAGCUGCAGCAAGAUCAGACCGGCAGACUGUCAGAGACUUGUCUAUUGAACUUGGGUAUCUGACAGGGCAAGAGUCCGCCGCAAUGCUUAAUGCACAUAUUGCAUCUGUCCUCACAUUGGCCGAGCCGUUCCUUGAUUCGUCUCCCGAACUCUAUAACUUCAAAGACCAGACCAUCACUGACAGAGUCAAAGAACAAAUCCCAUUGAUGAUCAGGGAGAGAUUGGCCCCCCCUCCAGAAGAAACGUAUAGUUUACACAGAAAACUGAGUGGUGCAUUCCUUCUUUGUGCCAGGCUCGGGAGUCGUGUAAGAUGUCGGGAAUUAUUCAAGAAUAGCAUGUCGAAGGUUGAACUCUUGUGAAUAUGGAUGGUGGGGUUUGGGAAUCGUUGAAGUACUGUAAUAACACAACACGUGUAAAGAUAUAAUACAUUCCUAUUUUGCAC